AUGGCAUCCCUAGAAACCUCCUUCAAAAUAUCCAUCCCGGAGGACAAGCUCAAGCUCCUCCAACAAAAACUUGCUUUGGUCACAUUCCCAGAUGAGCUUGAAGACUCUGGAACAAAGUAUGGCAUGCCGCUGAAGGAUAUCAAAUGUCUGGUCACUCGGUGGAAAGACGGCUUCGAUUGGCAUGCCCAAGAAGCCGCUCUCAAUGCAGAACUGCCACAGUUCACUUGUGAUAUCGAGAUUGAGGGUUUUGGGUUGCUGAAUAUUCACUAUGUGCAUAAGAAGAGUGAGGUUGAAGAUGCUGGGCUGUUGCUCUUCGUACAUGGAUGGCCAGGAAGCUUCAUUGAAGUGCGCAAGAUUCUCCCGCUUCUGACGGUGUCGUCACCAAAGCAUCCAAGUUUCCAUGUCGUCACGCUGAGUUUGCCUGGGUAUGGAUUUUCUGAAGGGACGAAGAAGCAAGGAUUCAGGCUCAUGCAAUACGCUGAGGUCGCCCACAAGCUCAUGCUAGCUCUUGGAUACAAUGAGUAUGGUGUCAUAAUACUGAAGAUCACUCAAAAAAUUGCCCUUGUCUACAGCGGCAAGCAUAGCAAAGCAUGGCAUACCAAUAUGCCUAUGGGCCAUGCUCCGACUCUUUAUGAACCCAUACUGUACUUCUGCCACCUCUUGAUGCCAUACACAGCUGCUGAGAAAGCUAGGUUGGCACAUGCAGAAUGGUUCAACAAGACAGGAAGAGGGUACUCAGAGGAACAGUCCACUCAGCCUCAAACACUGGGAUAUUCACUCGCUGAUUCUCCGGUGGGUCUUCUUGCAUGGAUUUAUGAGAAGUUGGUGAACUGGACAGAUGCAUAUCAUUGGGAUGACAAUGAAGUCCUGACAUGGAUAUCCAUCUAUUUAUUCUCAAGAUCAGGUCCUAUGGCGUCCAUCCGCAUAUAUUAUGAGGUUUUUUCAUCCGACAGGGGUGUCUGGGGAGAAAAACCGUCCAUUCCACAAGGCUUAUCAUACUUUCCCAAGGAACUUAUCUCUGUGCCUCAUCUCUGGACCCGUACUGUUGGCAACAUUGUUUUUGUAUCUGAGCAUACUGGUGGCGGACAUUUCAUGGCGCAUGAAAAACCUCAAGAGCUGGUUGAUGAUGUGAGGAAGAUGUUUGGGAAGGGAGGGCCUGCAUUUGGGGUCGUUCCUGGGAAGACUGGGUAUAUGUGA